AUGCUUUCUGAAGAACAGAGGAAGAAGUUGAUUGAAGGCGCUUUUGCUGCGAAAAAGGGGUCUUAUAGCCCGUAUUCGCGGUUUCCUGUGGGAGCUGCGUUGCUGACGGCGGAAGGUGAGAUUGUGAAGGGUGCUAAUAUUGAGAAUGCCUCGUAUGGUGGAACUAUCUGCGCUGAAAGAACUGCAAUUGUCAAAGCAGUCAGCGAAGGGUCGCGUCGAUUCGUCGGUCUCGCAGUCGUGACCAACGUCCCGUCAUCGAUUUCGCCAUGUGGGAUGUGCAGGCAGGUUCUCCGCGAGUUUUGUGCGAAUGAGAUGCCUAUUCUUUUGGUACCUGGUGAUUAUCCUCGUCCGUUGAAGGAGAAUGAGACACCGGAGAAGGGGUAUAUCGAGGGCGGGGUUAGGUUGACGAACCUUGCGGAAUUGCUUCCUGAUAGCUUUGGGCCGGAGCAGUUGGAAUUGCCUCGGGAGGAAUCUUGA